ACAGCCGUGCCGACGAACAGACCGCACAAAGCGUAAUGCGAAAGAAUUGAAAAAAAUCAUCAAGUAUAGAGGCCAAAAAGCGAACGCAGCAAGUCGGCGUAUAAUUAACCAUAUUGUCGUUCGAUGCGGAGCAACUAAAUGCGGCGAUUACAGCGCAGCGAAGAAGGCGAGCGGCAAACGAAUUGCGGUAAGGAGGCAGCGAAAUAAGCCGAUAAAACGGCGACCGCAAUUUGGGCAAACACUCAUACAACACACACACAGAGUCACGGACCCCCACACACACACGCACACAUGCCACUGAGAGCCUCCCAUACAAGCAGACCACAACACACACACACACAUACAAGCGCGCGUGCCUUGGCAGGUGAGAAGAAGAAGAAGUGGUGGUGGACGGAGGAGGAGGAGCAGAAGGAGCAAAAAGGAGGCGCCAAUUGCCCCACAAAAUUGGAUAAAAUCGGAAUAAGGCUGCAUUAUCUGCACGAGGAGAGGAAGCAGCGGCAGCAGCAGCAGCAGCAGCAGCGGAAGAAGAAGCAGCAGCAGCCGAAGAAGGAGGAGCAAGAGGAAGAGGAGGAAAACCCAACAGAAGCAGCAGCAGCGUAUUUGGCGAAAAACUUGCAUUGAUGGUAAUGCAUGCUAGAAAACCGCAGCGUAUGAACGAUGGGUACUUUGAGAAGCAUACCAGCCACACAUCAUACCAGCCUGAACUGAUCUUAAAUUGAGAAACGAAUAUUUACGCACCAACGCCAAAAAGACAAAAAACCAGAAUAACCUAAACAAAUUCGAUUAAUAGCUUAAUAGGUCGGUAUACAACAAAGCGAGAAGUAGUUAUCAACAAAUAUCCUAUUUAGAAAGAAAUUAUUCAAUUACAAUCUUUAACCGAACAGCACAAAUAUAUAUGCUUUAAAUCGGAAUAUAUAUAUUAAUUGACUAACGAAAGCGAAGGUAUAUAAACAUUUAUCAAACUAUUUUAAAUAGAAAUCAAAUUCAUAACCAAUUUAUAAGCGCUGCCUAACAAAUAAAAACUUAAUCAAAUUAAAAUAGCCUUACAAAACGACGUAGUAAACAAUUAUACACCAAUAUAAAAACAAAAAAACUUAUGUGCAACCAAAAAACAUAAAUAUUUUUCAAGAAUAUUUAACGAAAAUAUCAACGACAACAACAAAAACACAAAUGUGCCUCAAACAAAAAGCAACAACAAUCAAUUAAGCCAAAACAAAUAAAUAAAAUGGGAAGUAAAUAAACAAAAAAUAGCGAUGAACUCUUAUUAAAGUUGUGCCCACUGAAAAACGACCAAUUGGAUUACUAAAACAAGCAAAAGUAAUUUAAUAAUUAAUUAAACAAAUAUCUAUGAGGAGCAACAACACUUCUUCCAGCAGCAGCAGCAACAACAACAACAAAAUGGCUGUUGAUCUCUCCCUAUCAACAACAACAAUUGCCAAUUGCAAUAGCAACAUAAGCAACCACAAUAAUAAUAACAAUAUCAACAACAAUGCGAACAGCAAAAGCGGCGCAGCGGCAGCGACGUCGACGCCUUCAGCAGUGGGCCUCUGUCGCCUAGAAAGCUCAAAGUACAGCAGUUCAAAGCGCGACUACGAACGCGAUCGUUCCUCCAAUUAUCGCGAUCGCGACCUGUCGCCAGGCGCUGGCGGUGGAGGAGGCGGCGGAUCCGCUGGAGGAGGCGGCGGCGGUGGGGGCGGCAGCGGCAAUGGUGGCGGACCAUUGAACAAUGGCAACAGCUACCGCUCCCAAUCGCCGGACAUUGAUUCGCCAUCGUCCCGUUCGCACGAUCUGCGCGAUCGCAGCGAUCAUCGGGGCGGCGGCGGAGGAGGUGGCGGCAAUGGGCGUGGCGGCAGCGGCGAGAGAUACAGCUUCAUACAGAAGAUGCGAGACCGAGAUCGGGAUGUCUACAAGAAGGACAAAUAUUCAGACAAACGUGAUCGGCGUGGCAACGAUCGCGACUCGGAGUCGUCGUACCGCACCAACCAUGACAGGGAUCGGCGUGGCGGUGGCGGAGGAGGUGGUGGUGGAGGAGGCGGAGGCGGUGGCGGUGGAGGAGGCAACACCAGCGGCAAGCUGUGCUCCUCACGGGAGAACGACAAACGCUCGGGGUCCGACGAUCGCGAUCGGGAGCGGGAUCGAGACCUGCGCGACCUGCGCGACAAGCGGGAUCGCGGCUCCGAUCGCGACAGAGACAUGUACAAGAAGGACAAGUAUGCAGACAAACGCGAACGCAAUGAUCGCGGCGAGCGGACGGCGCGUUAUGGCGACUGGAGCGAGCAUGUCAGCUCAUCGGGCAAAAUGUAUUACUACAACUGCAAGACGGAAAUCUCUCAAUGGGAGAAACCAAAGGAAUGGGUGGACAGAGAAAGAAAUUUGCCGCGCGAUCAGCAUCGUGAGAAGGACUAUCGCGACAAGGAUCGCGAUCGCGACCGCGAUGAUCGUUUCUCCAGAUCGACAUACAAACAUUCCAAUUCUUCGCGGGACAAUUCACGACUGAGAUGGAAUUACGACAACGAUGGCGGUCCGCCCAGCCAUCGAAGGCGUUUGGAUGGUCGACACAACGACAAUGCUGACAUGGACAUAAGCGGCGACUCUACCCCCACCUCGGAGGCCAGUUACUCGCUAAGCGGCACGCCCACCACCCAUGGCGGCGGACCGGGCGGAGGUGGUCCCGGUGGCGGCGGCGGUGGCAACAACGAUCAGCCCAUGAGUAACGCCCUGCCCCGUUUGGCCUCGCACCCGAAUGCCAACUCCUCCGCUUCUGGGGCGACAGGCGCAGGAGCGGCGGCGGGUCUGCACUACGGUAGCGGAGCGGGCGGUGGCCCGGUCACGGGCGCCACAAUGCUGCCCACCAGCGGAUUAUCGUCGUCGGGAAUGGUGAACAGCAACAGCAGUAACAGUGCCGGCGGCAGCAGCAACAAUGCCAGCAGCAGCAGCCUAAGGAACUCUGUUGUCGGCCACAUUGGCUCCACCUCCGGUACGACAGUGCCCACACUGGGGAGUCAGGAUCCGCACCAGCACCAUCUGAACUCGAAUGCUCCACUGCCACCGGGUGCCAAGGGCAAGGAUCAGGCGAUGCUAAUGCGCCAGAAAAUGCACCUGGGCCUGGGCGUCCUCGAUGUGCAAUCACAUCACAGCGUCAACUCGGUCGGUUCGGCGGCAGAUGUGGCCAAUCAUGCCUUCAAUUCGGUCAUCUCCGGCAGCUUACGGGACAACAGUGUGAACUCGCCGCUGUACAUGCCACAUCCGCACCACAACCUCUCUCCGUCGUUGAGCUACACGAAGAGUCCCAUCCCGACGAUUGUGGGCCACACGAAUAACGUGAGCAAUGCCUACACCUGCAAUCCACCCUUCGGCCUCAAGACGACCCCCGAUGGCGGAGUGCUGGUGGCAAACGCCUCGCCGGCCACGCCAGGCGGCAAUGCCUCCUCCGGCUCCAGUGGAGCAAAUAGCAGCCAAAGCAUCGUGCCCGGCUUGGGCGCCGUCAGCGGAAUCAGUGUGAUCACCUCGAUGGGCAGCAACAGCGGGGCGGCGGCGGGUGGCGAGGGCCCGCCCACGCCAACCCAGGAACUGGACUUGAGCGGCUCGGCGCUGGAGCAGCAACAGUUGGCCGCCGCAGCGGCAGCCGCGGCAGCGGCCAGUCUUCAGCUGCAGGCGGCGCAGCAAGCCCAGCAGCAGCGAAAAUUGGAUGGCACCUCGUCGGCCACGCUGAGCUCGCUGCAGAGCUGCGUGGGCUCCUCGGGGCAGGCGGCAAACCUGCGCGGUCCCGAGAUUUCACCCAAGCUGGCCAAAUACUUCCGCGCCGACCUGAUUGCGCAUGUGACCAACUGGCAGGCGGAGGUGCUGGAGCGUCAGGCGCAGAAGUGCUGUGAGGAUACGCACCUGUUUGGCGACAUCACCUGCACGAGGAUAUGCGCAGAGCUGAAGUGCGCCCGCAGCCUGGUUCGCAGCACCGAGAUCAAUGCCACCCUGCAGGAACAAAAAAUCAUGUAUUUGCGCCAACAGAUCCGCCGUAUUGAGGAGUCGAAGACUCAGAACGCGUUCAUGUCGGACGAUACUUAGGAUCAGGAGCAGGUUAGGCUGCGCGUACAUCGCAAGCUGUCUGUCAGGCUCAAAAAGAGCUUCUUCUGGCGCAGCUGAUGAUGAUUGCGAUGAUAAUUGGUCCAUUGGGGCCGCCGCCAGCAGCUAGCCUUUGUCCUCGUUUCGCACGCCCGGAUCUACCCCUUAAUAUUAUAUGGGCAUCUGGGAAUGGAUUGAAUGAUGACGACCGACGACUGGCGGGGCCCACGACAAUGACUGAGAAACCGCGUGCAUCCUGCUCCAUCCUUCAACUUCUCUCCUCGGGGCGACGCAUCACUCCCCACCACCACCACCACCAGCCCGCGAUUCACUUGUGUUCGGAUCGAGCUCCGGUCCCCAACCGCGACUAUAUGGUGGCAGCAUGUAACUGGUUGGGCGGACUAAAUGAACUUGGCACAAGACAAAUCAGGAUAAAUCAACCAACAGCUGCAAAAAUAACUCUAACAAGAAACACAAAAACUAAAACAUAAUUUAUAAUUAGCAAAGCGAAAAUUAAAAACAAAAGUAAACUUAAAUAAGCAUGAAGCAAGUCGGAGGAAAAAGCCACGGAAAAAGCCACAAACACAGAAAUACACCAAACAAGAUAACUACAAAUGGAGAAUACAGCCGAGAAAAACCUAUCAAGAUCAAGAAGCAAUAUGGAUAAAGCCUCGUAACGAAUCGAAACGAAAGAAAGGAAACAAAAACAAGUUAAAAGAAUAACAAAACAAAAUAAACAAACAAAAUAGGAUCAACAACACCAGCAACAACACCAACAAAAAAAAAAGCAAGUCAACAUAGUAUACUCAACUGCAAUAAAAAGCUAAUUAAACUAUAUACAAAUUAUAUAUAAAUAAAUAUAUAUAAAUAGAGUAUAUGAAAGAUUGUAUAUUUACAACAACCCAACAUAAUUAUGAAUGAGAAUCAUAAUGAUAAAAUGAUUACGAUGACAACCAAAAUGCGAGUCAAGGCGAGCAGAAAGCACGCUUCUCGGGACGAGGAAAUCGACAAUUUUAUAUAUAUAUAUAUAUUGUAUAUAUAUAGGUUGGGCAUCCUACGACCCAACGCCGUUUAAUGUUUAUUUUGAUUUGUUUAUACGUUUGAUUACUGGCUUACGAUCCUGCUAAUUGGUAUUUGUACGAUUCUAAUUUGUAGUUAUUUACCGGCCACACCCAAAAUUGCAAUUUAAUUAUUUUAUAUACACCCAACUAUUUUAACCUCCGAUUGAAAUUGCAGCAAGAUUUGUUUUAGUUUAAUUAUUUUGUAUGCCCUACAUUUACGUCUUACAAGUAUAUGACCAUAUAUUUUUUUAUUUUAUAUGCAUAUAUAACUUAUUUGGCAGAAGCGACAAUUUUUUUGUUAUUUAAGCGAAGCGAAAGCAGAAACGAGAGAGGAGCGCAGCAAAGAAGAACUAACACGUACAUAAGCGAACUUUUGAGUUUUUUUUUAAAUCUUAACUUGUCUAAAAACAAACCAACAAACAAAUGAAAUGGAUCUGCUAAUUAUGCAGAUUCGAAACAAAAAAGAAAGCAAACAACAGUUUAAUAAUGAUAAUGCUAAUACCUAUUGUAGAUAUACAUAUAAAUAUAUAAUAAAUAUAUUAGCUAAGCGUCGAAAACAAAAAAAACCAACCGAAAAAUAGAAACUUUUAUUAUGAAUUAAUUAAAAAAUACAACAACAACAAA